UAGCAUAGAUUUAGAUUAUGGAUCUACUUACAUAAUUUUUUUUUUCUUUUACUCGAUACAUCCAAAGCUUCAUAUAACUAUAUCCAUAAGGAACGUUAUAUUGCAAAUAUUUAUAAUAAUGCAGUAAAAUAAAAAAAUGCGUGACGCUUAUCACCAGACAAAGUCGAUAUUCGAUAAAUUUGAUAUGUUGUAUUGAUACAAGUUAGAAGAAAAUAAAGCAGUUUUAUAGGGAGGUAAACUUUUACCCAGAUUUCCAAAUUAUGAAUAAGCAAUUCAAAUGACAUCUAAAGAAGGUCCAAGUUUACAGUCAUCUAGUAAAUGUAAAGAAGACCUCUCAGAAAGUCCAAGUUUACAGUCAUCUAGUAAACUUAAAGAAGACAAUGAGCUUUAUUUCAUAACAUCCUGGCCGCCAUGUGAUGAAAACCCAAUAAUUCAGGGUGAUGAUCCAGCUGGUAGCUACAGCAAAGUUUUUUACCAUGAUCAAAAACAGUGUGGUUCAGAAGAUAACCUAAUAAAUAAUGCUGCAGCUUCAGUUAUGAGACUAGAGAAUAAAACAGCAUAUGAAAUUGAGUCAGUUCCUGCAAUCAAAAAGUUUAAAAGGUCAUCUACUGCUUGGGAAGAUGAAGAUAUAAACAUGCAGUAUGCCAUAAGUAUUCUUGCGACAUGGUGGAAAAAACAAGGCCAGAAGAGUGUGAAAGGAAAGUUUUCUUCAACUUCUUCAAAUCCAUGGACAGUGUUAUAUAGUGUUCUCAGAACAAAAGAAGCUAAAUGUUUUUUGAAAGAAAAAGUAGUAGAAUUAAAGAACGGGUUAGCGAGAUGUUCACCUGUAGCAAGAACUUCUUGUUACGUUGCGCUUGCUUCUUGCUACGAAGCGUUAGAAGAGUACAACACAGCAGAAGAACUUCUGAAGAAAGCUGUCAUCUCAUCAUCUCAUAAACAUAAUGAUAUACUGUGGCUACUUGCAAAAGUUCGAAGGCAGUUAAACAUAAAACAUCAACAACAAGUAUUGGCUCGGCAACUGAAAGCAGAACAGAAUCUGAAACUCAGAAAACCCAGAUAUGUAGAGAGAAGAUCGGCAGCUGACCUUACGGUUGAAGAGUUUCAUCAGAAAUAUGCCAGAACAAGAACCCCGGUCGUGAUACGAGACGUUGUCAAUAAAAUGAUCCAAGAGGAGUGGAACUUAAACUUUAUAUGUAAAGUUGCAGGAAAGAAGAGAGUAACUUUAAGGAAAUUGGUUCCCAAUUCUAUAGAAUGGGCACGGCUCGAAGCUGAUUUAGAUAUGACAGUUGAAGAAUUCAUCGACUCAGUAGUAAACAUGGAAUCAGAAAAAAGAUAUUUAUUUGAUUGGAGCUUACCUCUGCACUGCCCAGAACUAGCAGACCAAUUGAUAGUCCCAGAUUAUUUUAGAGAAGACUUUUUAAAGCAAACCACUCCUGGUUCAUUGUACAGGGACAGUUGGCCCAGCCUCUUCGUUGCCCCGGCUGGAAUAACCAGUGAACUUCACGUCGAUGCAUUUGGCUCAAAUUUCUGGAUGGCAUUGUUUGUUGGUCAGAAACGCUGGACAUUCUUCCAAGAAGAGGAUACAGCAAAGCUAUAUCCUAGGUAUUUUCAUUCGUUAGAUCCUGUCUUUGAUGUAGACCUUUCUGACCCACGACUGGACAAGUUUCCCCUUUUAAGUCUUGCACAGCCAAUGGAGUGUAUAUUACAGCCAGGUUUGUUAACUUACCGUACACAUCCCUAGGCGUGGGUAUUACAGCUUACUUAUAAAGUUCUUCAAAAGUAAUUGGCUUAUUGUGUGGGAAUAACGUUAACGAGGAGUAAUAAAUACCUUUGUUUCUGGUUACACAUCCACAUAACUUAUCUGUAACCCCAAGUUUUAUUAUUAUUUUUGUACAAAUUGUGACUUUUUUUUGACAAUUUUGAACUGGAAACAUUUUUACAACAUCAGAUUGAAGACCAGUGUAUUUACAACCUUACAUUUUGCAAUGGAAAUAUGAAAUUGUUGGCAAACAUUGGUGUUUUAUGAAUAUCACAAAGACAACAGAAAUAUCACAUAAACAGACAGAAGCAGCUGUUGCUACAUGACAACAUUUUCAUACACUUGUUCCAAAAUCAGAAUGGUAUUACAGUGGAAUUUAGCAGCAACAUUUAAUAUCAUCAUUCACCUGUUAUCGUUUGGAUUAACAGAAGCCUCAGGAAAACUGGGAUCGUCUCAGUUUUUAAGCCUUUUUUUUAAUCACAAUUAGAAAGAGUAAAAUGUUAAAUUAUCCAAGUUUUUCCACCUCAAUGUAAGUUUCAUAUAUAUGGUUUGUUAUUAUACAUGGCUCCUUUAACUUUUACUUGGAGAAUCACCCGACAGGUAGGUCGUGUGGUACAGUGUUUCCUCCUACUGUGCUGCGUUUUCGUAACCCUACUUACUGUAGUCCUGAAAAUAAAA